AUGGAGAGAGGGUUGACGCUGGAAGGGCUGCGGGGCAAUGUGCCAGCGGCGAAACUGGAGGCUGGCGACGUUGCACGCGUGGUGGUGCCGGAGGAAGAUGACAAGUACAAGGUCUUGUCCCCCCGCUACAAGCCCACGAAGAAGCGCAACAAGAGCAAGAAGAGCAAAAGGAGCAAGAAUUCAGGUGGUGGACCCCUCGCUGAUGAGGAAUUCACGCAACCAGCAUCUUCGCAAACAAAACAUGCCGAUGAGAAGAAGGAAGAGGCAGCACAGGAGGAUCGUGGCACGCACUCCACCCCAAUCGACGCGGUCGCGGAGGAAUCGCCAGCGGCUGAGCGGAAGCUGAGGCGGUGGCACACGCUGGGCCUGGCCCGGAAGAAGAUCGAGCGGCAGGCGGUCAAGGAGGGCGACCUCGUGUGGCGCCAGUCGCGCAAGGAGACCCAGCACGUGGCCCUCUCGCUCACCGCCACCAUCCUCUGGAUCAAGAAGGCCAACAAGGAGUUCUUCUCGCCCUUCCUCGAGAUCAUCAACAUCAGCAACGUCUACAUGAAGAAGGACGUUGUGAUGAUGGUGCCGCCUCCGCCUCUUGGCGCGGCGCAAGACAGUGGAGCCGAUAGAGCCAAGUCCGCGCGGGCGACGAUGAAAGAGAAGCCGAGCGACAGCAGCAGCAGCACCGUUGACAGUUCAUCAUCGUCGUCAUCGGGGGCGCAGGAGGGAGACAAGCGACGCAAAUCGCUGGGCGAUCUAUCGGAGGCGAGGGACCAGCUCGAGGGCGAGGCGAGCAAGCCGACCAAGACCGGCAGCCGGAUCGGGUCGGCCAUCAAGCGCGGGUCGACCAUGACCCUGCGGCGUACGCCGGCGGCGCACUCCGCGGGCCCGCAGCCGGUGGCCUUCUACAGCUUCGUGAUCGAGGUGCGGCGCAAGGAGUUCACCACCAACGUCAUCACCCAGGUCUUCGCCUCGGAGAGCAAGCAGGAGAUCGAGGCCUGGGUCACCGCGCUCCACGAAGUCAUCAUCGCCGCCCGACUCGCGAAGAGGAAAUCGUUGCUGGAGGAGAGGGCGCUGGAAGUGGCCGAACUCGACGACGACAAAGGAAACGAAAAAGGAAAAGAAAAGGAAAAGGCGGAGCGGCCCCUGUCGCCGCGGGCCAAGGGCGGCGCAUUGCCGCCGGAGCCGCCGCCGGAGCCCACCUUCCAGGCGGACCUGCUGACGGGCCUGUCGUCGGUGGUGCCCGGCGAGACCGAGAAGCAGCGGGCGCGGCGGCUCAAGCAGGAGGUCCGGGACGAGCUGCAGGAGCGCAAGCGGCGGGGCAAGGCCGAGGCCAAGCUGACCCUGUUCGGGCUCGUGACCAGCAAGGGCUACCCGAUCGAGGAGCACAAGGUCACCACGCCCGACGGCUACAUCCUCACCCUCUUCCGCAUCCCGCACGGCAAAAACGAGACCGGAUACAGCCCAAGGCCUGUGGUGUUCCUGAUGCACGGCCUCAUGGAUUGUUCAGUCACGUGGAUCGUGAACGAAACCGCCAAAUGCCUGGGAUUCAUCUUUGCCGACAACGGGUUUGAUGUGUGGAUGGGCAACGUUCGAGGCAAUCGGUUCAGCCGCGAGCAUGCGCACUUCAAGGUGGACAGCACCCAGUACUGGAAUUUCAACCGUGAUGACCUGGUGAAGGACGCCCGAGCGUCCAUCGACUACGCCCUGGACUACGCCCAUCAGCCCCACCUCGUCUUCGUCGGCCAUUCGCAGGGUUGUAACGUGCUGUUGGCCAUGAUGGCCACCCAGCCCGAGACGCGGAGCAAGAUUAUGCUGGCUCCGGCCGCGUACGUGCACAACCAAAAGUCGAAGAUGAUGACCUACCUGGCCAACAUGCAAACCGACAAGCUCUUCCAGUUCAUGGGCAUCAAGGCCUUCCUGACGACGGGGACGUGGCUCAACAACAUCACGCCCGGCCUGCUCCUCUACUCGGCGCAGGGCACCAGGCUCGUGACGCGGCUCAUAUUCGACAACAUGUGCGGGUGGAACCCGGACAACAACUUCUCGCUCGAUCGCAUGCCGGUCAUCGCCGCGCACCAGCCCGGCGGCACGUCGGUCAUGGUCAUGGCCCACUGGGCGCAAUCGAUCCGCAACGGCACAUUCAGCCAUUUUGACUACGGGGCGAAGAAGAACCUGGAGGUCUACGGACAGGAACAGCCACCACCCUAUGACCUGGGCAGCAUCCAUCCUGCUCGGUUGGGUGUGUUCUACGGCGGGGAGGACAAGCUGACGUGCAAGGAAGACGUGGAGCGGCUCCUCUCGGAGCUGCCCGAGGAAACCGUGGUCUACGCGCAGUUCGAGGAGGAGUAUGGCCACCUCGACUUCGUCUGGGGCGACGACGCCCACAUUCGGAUCUACCUUAAGUUGGUGGAGCUGGCGAAGAAGCACUACAAGCUCGCGGAGAAGAGGCGGCGGCGGCAGGAGCAGGAGGAGCAGGAGCACGACAAACUGCACCAGGCCAGGGGCGAGGGCGAGGAAGACAAGGACGACUCGCCGGGCGCCUCUUCCUCCUCCUCCCCAUCACCUUCUUCUCAUUCCGGGUCCACCACCAACGGCGACGGCAACCGCAGUCAGCAGCAGCCUCAGCAAGAAGAUGAAGACAAGGCCGGAAAGAAGGACAAGAAGGAGGGGAAGAAGAAGUCGAGCGGCAAGAAGAAGACCAAGAAGGCCAAGAGCAAAGUCGACCACGAGCUGGUCCGCCUGGAGUCCAACGCCGACCUCUGCGAUGUAACAUCGGAAGCCGUGCCGGACGCUGCCCUCAGCAGCAGCCCACCCAAGCCCGCUGUGGAGGCCCUGGCCGAUGCCUGA